AUGCCGUAUCUUAGAUGUUACAACAAAACUGGAACGCUUGUCGAAAUAGACAAUGAUGCUGAUCCUGCCAGCCUACCGAAUGAGGCUGUUACGAUUAAUAUCGAAAACGGACGAUUGAUGUUUGGCAGAGGAUUUAAUUACGAGACUCUCGCUAGACUGAUCAGAAGUGCGCCCAAAACACUUGACAAGAUAACCAUAACGGACGAACCCAGUGUUUUGACCCCAGCGUAUCUGGUUUUCUUGGCGGCAACAUUCAGCAAAACGGAUUGUUUGGUGCUUGACUCAUGCAUUUGCCAUCCGGCUGAAAUUGGCUGUUUGGUUGCUGGUCUUACACAGCCCGAUGGAAUCCGGGAGCUACAAUUGCUUCUGCCCAUGACCAUUUUUCCAAACCACCUCUUUCUGAUGAUAAUACAAGCUGUUUCCUUCUCCUCGUCGCUUGAGAAGCUGGACUUUAGAGCCACAAACGUCAUGACCGAGGACAAUUUGGGAGAACUUUUGAUCGAAGCCCUCGGAACAAAUCUUUCCCUGAAAACACUCACCCUCCAACUAGACUGGGGUGACCCAAACCAAUCACAUCUGGAGCAAGCCUUUCACGCCGUAGUUCUCAACAACCGCAUUAACGAUUUGUCCCUGGAAUGCAGCCUGUUUUCUGCUUAUCAUCAAUCGCUUGAUCAGGAAGUAUUGAUGGAUGUAUUGUGUCGUCAGGAGUGUACGAUUGAAAAGCUUCGUCUAGCCGACAUCGAGCUAGAAGGAGAGGCCGGUACCCUCCAAGUCACUGAUGAUGCAAACAACAUUCCCAAGAAUACAUCUUUGAAAGACCUUACGAUCCUUUUGGGUAGACUUGAUUGCUCGCAGGCCACGGCGAUAGUGCGUCGGUUUACAUCACUUCAUUCUGUGAAUUUGGGCGGAAAUAAUUUGCAAAGCAUCUCAAUGUUCAAUGAUUUGCUCGUGAGCAAUCAACUCCAAAGUUUGGUUGUCUACAACAAUGGAGUUGACGAGGCAGAAAUGAAAACCUUUUUGCUGCAACUUCCAACAACGCGGUCUCUCCAAAACCUAGAACUAGGUUCAUGUCUUUUUCCUACCGGUGUUUCGAAGUCAUGUGUUGGGUUGCUCGAAGACUGCUUGUCGCGAAACACUAGUCUUGAGAGAUUGAAGAUUGAUUAUGAAACCGAAGACGAAGAAUGGGCAGAGUACUACGACGACACCUUCAGUAUCCCGCUCAGUCUAAACCGAGCUGGACGGCAAUACCUGCAGGACGAUGCGGGAGUCCAGUUGCCCGCGAAGCUAUGGCCGUUGAUUUUGCAACGAGCCGGAAAGAUCUCGUACUAUUGUGUUUUUGACGACGCAUGGAAACACCCAACAAUGACUAGCACACGAGUGGAUGUUGUAUAUUGGCUUUUGAGAGAGAGAAUACUCAUAUCAUGA